AUGCGUCGCUCUUUCCCCGCCAAUACCGUUCGCUUCACUUCCACCAUACCUCAAUCCAACCAACAGGUGGAGCGCGAGUGCCACCUCUGUGGCAAGAUGCGUGGAAUCUAUGACUUCUCGGCCACUCAGCGUCGCAAAGGCGACGAGGCUGCAUGCUUGAAGUGCAUUCCAGAGCUUCAAAACAUCAGAGCUGGUCCACUUGGUAAGGAGGUCGAAGACGACAGCGAUGCCAAGUAUCUGGCCCACGUCGGCGAAAACAACAAGGAUACCACAGUCUCUAGCUUGUCCAAGUCUGGCGGCGUACGCUUGCCCACCUCAUCUGUCUCCAACAAAGGUUCCUCGGUCGACAACGCUACUGCAUCUGCACGUCCUUCUUCAGGCAUGACAUCCACCACCAACAUCAGCAAGUCAGCUCCUCGUCAUGAGACUGGUACCACGGGCUGGGUCAAGCUCAGAAAAGGCCACCGCGAUGAGAUCGUUCCCGAUCUUGCUGACGACGACGUUGAGACCUUCGAUGACGAUGAGUCUGACUUUGAUAUGUAA